UCACGUAGCGUCUCAGCAACACACACACUCUCCUCGUUAACUUGUGUUUCAACACUUCACUCAAAAAGAGUCGAGUGUAUUUCUGUUACUCUUUGAAACCAGCUGCUUCUCCAUUUCUCCUUGAAGCUUAUCUGUUCUGCUCUUUGAGUUUCUCAUAAUAGAUAACAGACUUCAUUUCAUCGGUUACUUGACCUAAAUAUUCUCAUUCACUAUUUUCAGGAUUCACUCGUUAUUCCAAUCUCUCUCUCUCUCUCUCUUGAUGAUCUUUCUUCUCUACUACUGACUAACAAAGUCUUCCCAUUUGAUUUCAAAUCAUUUUUUCUCCAAAAGAUACAUUUGAGACCCAGAAGACAUAUCGACGCUUUGAUUCGAAAUCAGUCUCACAUUCUCCAGUUUUGCUAGAUCUGCAAAGGGUAGGAUCAAAAAAUCAAAGUAGGAAUCUUUUUAAGAUCAUUUGAUCCAAAAAGCUCCAACCUUUGCCUUGUUUGGUGGUUGUAAGAAGAUUUGAUUGGUUCAGUGAAGAAGAAGCAUAAAAAGGCUAAUCAAACUCGCACAGUUUCCUGAUUAUUGCUAUCAGGAAGCUGUGGAAGAAUCAUGGGCUGCAAUUGCUCCAAAGGAACAAGGAGCAAUGCUAAUAUUGAUAAAGCCUCCAAGAAGAAGAAGAAAAAGUCUCUUCCUUCAAGCAAAGCCAACAUAGGAGGAUCAGAGGAAAGAGCUAGCUUUAUCAACAUCAACAGCAAGGAAGCCGCAUUGGGUCUGUUGAUACCCUCUGAUGAUGCUGAGACAAAAUCUUCCAGAUCUGUGUUCCAGAGACAGCUCACCACCGAGACCACUAAAGUAGGAGCAUUGCUGCAACCUCCUAAGAUGACUAGGAUUAGUAAUGGAGAAAGAGGAGCUCAGGUUGUAGCUGGCUGGCCUUCAUGGUUAGCUUCCGUUGCUGGAGAAGCCAUCAAUGGAUGGAUUCCACGCAAGGCUGAUUCUUUCGAGAGGAUGGAAAAGAUUGGACAAGGGACGUAUAGCAGUGUGUACAAAGCCAGGGACCUAGAGACAAACCAGAUAGUUGCUUUAAAGAAAGUGCGGUUUGCUAAUAUGGAUCCAGAGAGCGUUAGGUUCAUGGCGAGAGAGAUCAUCAUCCUUAGAAGGCUUGACCAUCCCAACGUUAUGAAGCUUCAAGGUUUGAUCACUUCCAAGGCAUCAGGGAGUAUGUACCUCGUCUUUGAAUACAUGGAGCAUGAUCUCUCGGGCCUUGCUUCGACCCCUGGUGUUAACUUCUCCGAAGCACAGAUUAAAUGCUAUAUGAAACAGCUGCUUCGUGGUCUUGAACAUUGUCACACCCGAGGGGUGCUGCAUCGUGACAUCAAGGGCUCUAAUCUCCUCCUUGACCGUGACAACAAUCUCAAAAUUGCUGAUUUUGGUCUUGCCAACUUUUAUUACGGAGACCACCACCACCAGAAGAAGAAGGAGCCUCUCACUAGCCGUGUUGUGACUUUGUGGUACCGUCCACCUGAGCUCUUGCUCGGUUCCACGGACUAUGGGGUUACUGUGGAUCUGUGGAGCUCCGGGUGUAUUUUAGCUGAGCUUUUUAGUGGGAAGCCUAUCAUGCCUGGAAGAACCGAGGUGGAACAGCUACACAAGAUCUUCAAACUCUGUGGUUCGCCUUCUGAAGAGUAUUGGAAGAGAUCGAAACUUUCGCAUGCCACUGUCUUUAAACCUCAGAAGCCUUACGAGCGGUGUGUGGCCGAGACGUUUAAGAGUCUUCCUUCUUCGGCUUUGGCACUAGUCGAAGUUCUUCUGGCUGUUGAACCAGAAGGCCGUGGAACCACAACUCUUGCCCUACAAAGCGAGUUCUUUGCAACAAAGCCUUUUGCAAGCGACCCAUCAAGUUUGCCAAAGUACCAACCGAAAAAGGAAACUGAUGUGAAGCUUCGAGAGGAGGAAGCAAGACGGAAGAAAGGCACAGGCAGUAAGCAGAAUGAGUCUAAACAAGUGUCUAGAAAAUCCAAAGCUGUGCCGGCUCCAGAUGCUAAUGCUGAGUUACUAACAUCAAUACAAAAACGACAAGGGCAGAAUAACCAGACAAGCAUGAGUGAAAAGUUCAAUAAUCCCAAUGAAGAUGCAGCUGGCUUCCUGAUCGAACCACUGAAGAGUGGAACCGGACAAAACGGCUACACACGCUACGGUGUGUCCUCGGGUUCAGGUCGGUCUCCCGCUAGAAAAGAACUGAGGGGACAACGGUCUUUUGUACAACGCGGAGCAGCGCAGUUGGCAAAAUUCUCAAACUCGGUAGCUGCUAGAGACGCAUCACAUUUCGCUAUAGCAAAUCCAAGUUGGCUUGAAGAUUGGUCCCAACGUCUGCUGGUUAAACCCAAAGAUUCUACAGAGCACAAAGAAUCCAAACUGGGCCACGGUGACAAGACAGAGAGAAUGAACUACUCAGGGCCGUUAGUCUCUGCAGGAGGGAACUUAGAUGAAAUGUUGAAAGAACAUGAAAGACAGAUUCAGGCAGCGGUUCGAAAAGCUCGAGUGGAUAAGAAGACUACUAAUAGGGACGAUGAUCAUGGACAGACACAAGCGUUUCUUGCUGCAAACGGUAGGUGAGAGAGAUAUCAGACGAUCAAAAAGAAGAUAAAAAAGAAUCUUUGUUUUGGGGGUGAUUAGAGUCGGUUUGUUUAAUUUAUUUAUUCUUCAUUUUAAAAUAUUAACGUUAGCAGAGUUAAAUCAUUAUUGUAGGUUCAGAA